GAGAGCUGUGAUUGGUCACAGCUUGUCACAUGGUACAAGGCUGUUGUGAAUAGCCUUGAACCAUGUGAUCUCUGUGAUCAUUCACAGAUUUCACAAGUAGUAAGAAAUGAUGUCAGGAAGUGACAUCGUGUUCACUACUGUUUCUGUGAUCACUGAUUAGCCAAUCAGUGAUCACAUGAAUCAGGACCUCACACAGAGGUCCCGUGCAGUGAUCGGUAUUCCGGAGCGAUCUGGAGGACACAGAGGGCACCGGAUCGCAGUGUCGCAUGCUCCAAUGGAGCGCGCACAGGUAGUGAAUGUGGGGGCCAUUUAU